UACAGAGCUCUGACAGCCUCAGUCCUUACUGGAACCUCUGGUCGUGUAGUUUCUUCGCUCUUUGGUACAUAGAUGGGAUAUACAAACAUCCAGGAGUUUCUGAUUCCAAAGCAACAUUGAUAUUGGGUGUAUGUUGUGGUACCAUCUAUAGAUGAUUGUGAUUGCCAUUCCUUUUGUGUGCUGAUGAGAUUACCAGGCUUCCCCAUGGAUGGAACCGUGCAUAUGUGGCUGCUGGCAGGGUUCAUCCAGGUGGUCAGUCUCUUGUGUGUGCAGUGGUCAGAUCCUGCGGUCGUGGUUGUUGAGGUUGUGUUUGGCCACUUCCCCACCAGUCAGGAUCCAGACUGGUACACCGUCUCCUACCAGAUUGCACGCAACCUCACGGUGUGGCUGGAUCCGAUUGGCCGCUCUGAGUGUUCUCCUGAAUGCAGGCUGCUUCUGCGAUUGGCUAAGGAGCCAGGAGGAAGUGACAUCAUGCUGAAAGCUAUCAAAAACAAUACCACACUGAAGACUAAGACCUUUCAUAUCGCUCCUGUCCCCCUCUCCUCUCUCCGUGUCGAGGUGACCACCACCAGCACUCUCCUGACCUGCAGCCUACAGCACAGACAGAGCCUCACUGCUCUCAGUCUACACAACACGCACAUCGAACACACACACACUGAAUACACACACACUGAACACACACAUUCUGACCACACACACACCUCUUCGUACGCAGUGAGAGGUCUGCAGCCUGGAGCACACUACAGCAUCACAGCAGAGUUGACCACACCUCUCACACACCUCAACAUCAGCCUCACCCAGAGACUACGCACCACCAUGGAGACAGGUACAACACACACACACACGUAA